UUCUACCCCAACAUAUUAAACUAAUUAACAACCUUCCCAGCUUUUCCUCCUAUAUCCACCUUUUCUUUUCCCCUCCCUCUGGCAGGAAGGGCAGGGAAAACGGCAAUUUAAGAGAGACCCUUUUCCUCUUUCUCUCCACAUUCCAAGUUUCCAACCUAACAAGACCUUGUCCAUCUAAAAUAUGAGUUCCAAAGCGUGGCUUGCGUUCCUUCUCCUGGCACUGGCCAUGGUCGCUGAAACAUAUGCCACAAUAGAUGAAUUUGCAACUACGUUAGAAGAAUUUGACCCUAUUAUCUCUGAUGGUGAUGCUGAUCUCAUUGUAGAUGACAAUGAGUUUUUGAUGAGUUCUGAAUCAACACGUCGGUCACUGAUGCAUGGUCAUCCUGGCAAAGGCAGAGGCAGAGCUAGGUAUAUCAGCUAUGCAGCCCUUAGAAGUAACCAGGUCCCAUGCGGUAGGCGUGGACGUUCCUACUACAAUUGCAACCAAAGGGGUAGGGCAAACCCUUACAAUCGUGGUUGCACUGCCAUCACACAUUGUGCCAGAGACACAAGUUAGAUGAACAAAACAAGCCACAACAAAGAGGAAGAUGCUGUUGCAUGUGGCUAAUAAUACUCUUCAUCUUUCUCAUUGGGAUUCUUGAGUAACAUAUAUAAUUGGUUGCAACAACUUCCUCCGUUCCAACAAUUUGCAUAUUUUGAAGUCUUAUUUUACGUUAUGCGGGGUCUUGUUUAAUUAUUAGUAUUGCGACAAAUACUAUUAUAAGGUGGAAACAACUUGGUCUAUUUCUAUUUCUCUAUAUAACAUCUCUGUUUACAUUCUUCUUAUUAUAAAUGUGGAGGAAAUACACAAUAUUGACAUUUA